AUGGCGGAGGAAACGGAAGCAAAUCGGGGCUCGCAGCGACCAAUGCGCCUGCGCUGCCUAGAGGAUAUUUGCUAUCGUCGCAUCAAGAACCUCGUUAAUUCCAACCUGUCAACUCUCUGGCUUCGUAUAGACUGCGAUGACCAUCCACGGGUCUAUGCGUGCGUGUACAGGUUGCACAGUGGAGAUGCUGAAACCGAUCGGCUUAUGGAGCACCUUCAAAUCACAGCCGACGCAGCACUCGAACAGAUCCCCUCUGCUGAAAUUAUCGUCUUAGGCGAUUUCAAUGCCCACCAUACUCAAUGGUUGGGGUCACGACUUACUGACCAUGCGGGGAGAUCUGUUUACGACUUUGCAUUGGCUAAUGGUCUAAGACAACUGGUGUCUUCGAUCACGAGGCUGCCUGAUGUUGUGGACCAUACCCCUUCCAUGUUAGACCUCCUGCUCACCUCCCAUCCAAAUAACUAUCAGGUCAAUACUGAUGCCCCUUUAGGCACAUCAGACCAUUGCCUGGUUCGCAGUGUGGUGCCAAUCUUGCGCUCAAGGCGGCCCCGAUCUGGUGGCUGCCGGCGCGUUUGGCACUACAGAGCGGCUGAUUGGGAUGGAAUGCGGGAGUUCUUUUCAUCCUAUCCCUGGAAGCAAGUUUGUUUUGCACACGAUCCUAGUGCUUAUGCUGACUCUGUCGCGGAUGUGGUUCUGCAGGGAAUGGAACUUUUCAUACCGAGUUCUGUAGUACCCAUCGGCGGCAAGUCUCAGCCCUGGUACGGUCAUCUUUGCAAAGAGGCAUUUCGCCAGAAGCAAGAUUGUUUCCGUAACUGGGCAGAUGCAUUUUUAAAACAGGAUCCGAAUGCCAGUGCUCUUAAAAAACAAUAUAACUUUGCCUGCAGGCAGUACAAAAGGAAAAUGAGCAUAGCAAAGUCCGAGUUUAUACGCGGUAUUGGCAAAAAACUGACACGUUUCCCAUCCGGUAGCCGAGCUUUCUGGUCGCUCGCUAAAGCCAUCCAAGGAAACUUUUGUCAGCCGACGUUCCCACCCUUGCGCCGGGAAGAUGAUACCUUAGCCCACUCGCCCAAAGAGAAAGCCGAUUUAUUAGGCGCUCUCUUUGCGUCCAAUUCCACCUUGGACGACAGGGGAAAGCACUCUUAUGAUGUCGGCAUUGCUCCAGCUUCGUGGAAAACCGCCGCCGUGCACCCGAUCCCUAAGAAAGGCGAUCAAUCAGACCCCUCUAACUACAGGCCCAUUGCUAUUACCUCUUUGCUCUCAAAAGCCAUGGAAAGCAUAAUCAACCGUCAGCUCUUAGGCUACCUAGAGGAGAACCAGCUGAUCAGUGACCAUCAGUAUGGUUUUCGCCAUGGACGUUCGGCUUGUGAUCUCUUGGUCUUUCUAACUCACCGAUGGGCUGCGGCUAUUGAGAGUAAAGGGGAAGCAUUAGCCGUUAGUCUUGAUGUCGCAAAAGCCUUUGAUCGGGUGUGGCACCGGGCUCUACUAUCGAAGCUAACAUCAUAUGGACUCCCCGAGAAGUUACGCACAUGGAUAGCCAGCUUUCUUGCAGCACGAAAUAUUCGGGUCUUAGUCGACGGAUCGUGCUCGGAGCUUAUGCCUGUAAACGCUGGCGUCCCUCAAGGCUGUGUUCUUUCACCCACACUAUUUCUUCUGCAUAUCAAUGACAUGUUACAAAUUAGUAACAUUCAUUGUUAUGCAGAUGAUAGUACUGGUGACGCCUCUUACACUGGCCAUGCUAACUUCUCGAGAGAAAAUGUCGAUGAGUGCAGAAACACUUUGGUGUCCAAGAUUGAAACUCUUUUGGAAGAAGUUUCAAAGUGGGGUCGUAAAAACCUCGUAGAGUUUAACCCCACUAAGACACAACUAUGUGCAUUCACGGCCAAAAAAAAGCCAUUUGAAUCGGCUCCCCUUUUUAUGAACACUCCCCUCAGCGUCAAGUCUAGCAUCGCGAUUCUUGGCGUCAAUAUUUCUGACGAUGUUCAGUUUCGCGAUCAUUUGGAAGGCAAAGCUUCUCUAGCUUCAAAAAAACUGGGCGUCCUUUACAGAGCGAAGCAGUAUUUCAGGCCUGACCAUCUUCUGUUACUAUAUAAAGCUCAGAUACGGCCACACAUGGAAUACUGCUCACAUCUCUGGGCCGGCGCCCCGUUAUACCAACUCCUUCCACUUGAUCGCGUUCAACGUAGAGCAGUUAGAAUGAUUGGCGACCCAAGACUUAGCGAUCGGCUUGACCCUCUUGCUUUGCGACGAGACAUUGCUUCACUGUGUGUCUUUUAUCGCAUAUACCAUGGGGAGUGUUCAGAGGAGUUAUUCGAGUUCAUACCAGCAGCGGAAUUUCACCACCGCUCCGCCCGUCACAAAGCUAACUUCCAUCCACACCAUUUGGACCGCUGGCGAACGAGUACCGUACGCUUCUCGCGACACUUUUUACCCCGCACUACCAUCUUGUGGAACAGUCUACCCCCUUCUGUAUUCCCGCACGUGUAUGACUUAAAUACCUUUAAAAAGAGAGCCUACAUCCAUCUUCGACAGCCGGUAACAGCCUCACAAGGGUAA